AACGGCCCCGCUGCGCGCUCACGCUGCUUCCGGGGUUCCCGGGCCGGCGUUGCUCUGAGGCGGCUGCGCGCGCGCUGCGCCGGCUGUUCCCCGCCCAGAGGCGUGCUGGUCUCCCAGGGCCGCCUCAGCCAUGUGCUCGUUAGCGUCAGGCGCUACCGGCGCCGCGGAGGAGGAGGACCCGCCAGGCCUGUCCGACAGCGGAGAUGAGGCCAGCUGGGAGGAUGAGGACGACGCGGAUCUCCCCUACGCCGAGCAGCGGACCCCCUGCCUGUUCUGCGACAGGUUAUUUACAUCUGCUGAAGAAACAUUUUCACACUGUAAGUCGGAGCAUCAAUUUAGUAUUGAUAACAUGGUUCAUAAACAUGGACUUGAAUUUUAUGGAUACAUUAAACUGAUAAAUUUUAUUAGACUUAAGAAUCCUACAGUUGAAUAUAUGAACUCCAUAUAUAACCCAGUGCCUUGGGAGAAAGAAGAGUAUUUAAAGCCUGUAUUAGAAGAUGACCUUUUACUUCAAUUUGACGUAGAAGAUCUUUAUGAGCCGGUGUCAGCCCCAUUCUCCUAUCCCAAUGGGCUCAGUGAAAAUGCAUCUCUGAUUGAAAAAUUGAAGCACAUGGAAGCCAGGGCAUUAUCCGCUGAAGCUGCAUUGGCUGGAGCACGUGAGGACCUGCAAAAAAUGAAACAAUUUGCUCAGGAUUUUGUGAUGAACGCAGAUGUCAGGGCCUGCCCGUCAUCGACCACUGCCAGUGCAGACCCCCCGGAGGAUGAGGACGGCGUUUAUUUCAGCUCCUACGGGCAUUACGGGAUACACGAAGAGAUGCUCAAGGACAAAGUACGAACAGAAAGUUACCGAGAUUUUAUAUACCAAAACCCACAUAUCUUCAAAGACAAGGUAGUUUUGGAUGUUGGUUGUGGAACUGGAAUUCUCUCUAUGUUUGCUGCUAAAGCAGGGGCAAAGAAGGUUCUUGGAGUUGAUCAGUCUGAAAUACUUUACCAGGCAAUGGAUAUCAUAAGAUUAAAUAAACUUGAAGAUACUAUUACACUAAUAAAAGGAAAAAUUGAAGAAGUUCGUCUUCCUGUAGAAAAAGUGGAUGUUAUUAUAUCUGAGUGGAUGGGCUAUUUUCUUCUCUUUGAGUCUAUGUUAGAUUCUGUCCUUUAUGCAAAGAACAAAUACUUGGCAAAAGGAGGAUCGGUCUACCCUGAUAGUUGCACUAUCAGCCUUGUGGCAGUAAGUGAUAUGAAUAAGCAUGCUGAUAGAAUUGCUUUUUGGGAUGACGUCUAUGGCUUCAACAUGUCCUGCAUGAAGAAAGCAGUCAUUCCGGAGGCUGUGGUGGAUGUUUUAGAUCCAAAGACGCUUAUUUCAGACGCCUGUAGUGUUAAGCAUAUAGAUUGUCAUACAACGUCUGUCUCAGAUUUGGAAUUUUCUUCAGAUUUUACUCUAAAAAUCACAGAGACAUCAUUGUGCACGGCACUUGCUGGCUACUUUGAUAUAUAUUUUGAGAAGAAUUGCCACAACAAGGUUGUGUUUUCUACGGGCCCACUGAGCACCAAAACACACUGGAGACAAACAAUAUUUCUACUGGAAAAGCCAUUUUCAGUUAAAGCAGGUGAAGCCUUGAAGGGAAAGAUCACAGUGCACAAGAAUAAGAAAGAUCCACGUUCUCUCAUUGUGACCCUCACAUUGAACAAUGUAACUCAAACUUACGGUCUCCAGUAAAAAGGCUACAAAAGGCCAACUAAUUUGCAGCUUUUAUGGUUGGGGAGGGAUGGGCAGUGGUGGAGGAAGCUUAUGUGAACACAUGGAUGUUGAAUCUUUGAAUCUGAUAAUUCAGCUACGGAGGGAAUGAUCCUCGUGAUCCACCUCUGUAAUCACAUUUUUGAAAGUCUGGUCAAUGAGAUUUAACAAAAUGUAAUCCUUGUGUUGGGUUCAGCUGUACUGAAAGUCGUUCAAAUUGGCCUAAAUUUGGAACAGAGUAUAAUGUUUUGUUGUUUUUAAUAAUUUCUUACUAUAAAUUUUAACCACUAGUAAUUGAUUGUUACUUGGAUAAUGUUUUAUGAAGCUAGUAACUGUGCACAAGGUAUUAUGCAUUUUGUUGAAAAUUUCCUUUCUGAGAAAUAGUUUUAAUUGUAUCUGCUAGAAUAUCAGGGUAUUAUAGAGCAAGUGCAAGGGGCUAAAUGUGGAAGAGACCAUAUAAACUGUAUUUGAAGACAGCUUAGUUGAUUGUUGUAUAAUUCUGUUGUCAUUUUUUAGCUUCUUCUCUCUUUGCAAAUAUUCUUCAGUCAUAUAGUUUUCUACUACUGCCCAGGACAUCUAGUUUCAAUACAUUUGCCCUAGAUUUCAAAAAAAUUUUUAAAGAUUGGGAUAAAUAUGUAUUUAUUUACUAAUACUUUUUUCAAACAAUUUAUGUACAAAGUUAAACAUGUAACUGUUAAUAUACUUUUAUCAUUCUAUGCAGUUGUGUCAUUUACAAUUAUUGACCCAGUGUGAAAUGCAGAAAACAUUCAAAUAAACGUAUACAACAGCCAUUAGUAUUAUAAAGUGACAUUUCCACAUACCAAAGCCUUGUACAAAAUUAGAAGCAUUUAAAACAAGUCUUAGCAAAGCAAUCAUUUUUAAGAAAAUAGGAAUGUUAAGGAGAGGUGGAUCACAUGGUUCAUUUCCAUUCAUCAGCUGGUUCAUGUUCACAAGACACACACAAAGCAGCAUAGCAUUGUGUUGGGAAGCAUGAAUUCCAGAGCCAGUUCAAGCCUUGGCUGCAGCUCUUCCUUGCUGUGUGAUCAUAGGUUCCUUAACCUCUCUCUCCCUCCAUAAAUGUGCCAGUUCAUCAGCUGAUACAUUUCAACUACUGAAAUGUAACUGAUACAGUUCAACAACUUCUAUGUGCCUGGCACAUAGAAAACACUUAGUCCAUGCUCAGUGAUAUCAUCAUCAUCAUACAGUCAAGGACCCCUGCCAAAGACUGUAGUGGCAUCUACAUUAGAUCAGUUUGAGAAUUGUCAGCCUUAUGAGAUACUACCAUAGCUUGUGAGUGAGUGGGAAGAUUGCAAGAGAAUUUAAUAUUUAUUUAGCAAAAAAAAAUGCAUCAGGAAGAAACUGCCUUUUGGUCUUCAGUAGAAAACUGGACUUCCAGCAAUAGGAAAAAUAGCCCCUUCAAGCGAUGAUAUUUCAAACCUUAAUGUAAGUCUUCCUUCCUCGUAAGCAUGGUUUCUUUUUUCACUGAGCCAAACUAGUCAACUUGUUUUCACCAUGGAUUUUGGAUUCUGGCCACUACUGGAAAUGUAUACUGCUGCUAAUACAGCUCAAAAUACUUUAAAUUUCUGUCUAGGGUGUUUCAUGUAGCAAUUUGAGUAAUGGGAUGAUGGAUCAAAAGUAAGAUUUACCAUUAAUUUUUAAAAAUUUUAAUUGCGUAUAAUUGCUUUACAAUGUUGUGUUAGUUUCUGCUGUACAAGAAUGUGAAUCGGCUCUCUAUAUAUCUAUCUUCUCCCUCCUGAACCUCCUUUCCACCCCCCGUGCCCCUCCACUGGGUCAUCACAGAGCACCGAGCUGAGCUCCUGGUACUUACACAGGAGCUUCCCACUAGCUGUCUAGUGGUCAUAUAUAUAUAUGUCAGAUUUACCAUAUAUGAAAAUUUACCACUAAAUUUUUAAAGUAACCCAAAAACAUGUAAUUUUUUUAAUUUGUUUUUCUUUUUUACAAGUGUAAAACAAGUAUUUUUUGCUAUUUAAAAAAGUACUUCUCAAAAAUGAUUUCUCAUUAAAAGUCUUGUUUGAUUUUCAGGGGAUUUUCAGCCAGUGUCUCUUUUGAUAUUCUCCUCCUGGUUAGCCUCCCCAGGCUGGAACAUCCUACUUUGUGUACCUGAACAUUUUCUGAGAUGUGAGAGUCUGAAUAUUAGCUCUUUGGUUAGAAUUUCAGCCAUUAAACUGCUAUAGAAAAUAUACUUCAUAGCUCUUUAUAGUGAUAAAUACAGCGUUCUCUCCUGCUGUGGCAGAUGGGCACUUAGGGAUAGCAGUGUGUUCUGUCCCAAGAAUCUUAUUCCCAUUAAGAAAAUACAUUUUCUUCCUAUUUUCCUUUGUGAAAACUAAUGUUAUAUAUAAUGUGUGGGGUUCGUCCAAGGUUAAUAGUCAUCUCUUGUUCGGUAGAGCAAUAUUUUCUAAACAGAGCACUUUGGAAGAAGUGUUCCAAGAAAAUAACUGCAGGUGUACGGCAUUGCAUAGACAAGGUGGUCCAGUGAGACCUAAAUGCUGGGAACACACUUCAGCGUGAAUCAGGGAGCUGUCAGAUAACUUGGCAAUAAUUCCUUUUUGUGGAGGUGCAUAAGUAAUACUGGCUCUGUCAAGUUUUUUUCUUUCUUAUCACUUAAUCUAGAUUAUAGUCUGGUUCACCUGUGUCUUUCAGCUUUCUACCCCUAUCACUUCUUAGAAUGGAAUAUUUAGAAUGUAUUGUGUGACCUUAUGGAUUUGAGAUCACACAUACUAAUCUCACUGAUCAUGCUAUCAAGCAGAGGAAGUAAGGUGACAGUGCUGCCAAGGGCAUUCAGCAGGAAAAACUAAAGCAGGAUGGGGCACUGCUUAGCUUCUGCUGGCCAUAUAUUAAGCUGCUGAACCCUAGCAAAUCUAAACGUCCAGGUAUUCAGACUUUUUCUGUGUAGUGACAUAUCUCAAAAUGCAUGUCUCUUAUGCAGUUACUAUCAUGGAGUUUCAGCCUGUUACGAAAGGCUAGGUAAGUAAGAUAGAGCUGAAGUCAAUUGUUGUCUACUAUUAGAUUUGGGGAACUACAGGCCAGAGCUAACUCCACCACAGUGCUCAUUUUGGUAAAUAAAAUUUUACUGAACCUGAGAUAGGCAAUAUUUUGGAAAUCAUAUUUCUUCAUAUGACUCACAGCUAUGACAGAGAAGAUACAAUAAGUUAUAGCUUAUAAGAACUAUUUCUUAAAAUACGGAGACCUUCCAUUUAUGAAGACAUUGAGGAUUGACCAAGACGUACCUAAAAUUACAGUAUUAAUAUUUAUGAGACUGAUGUCUUAAAAGACUAGAGAAAUGGGCAAAUUUUCACAGAGAUGGUUGAAUCUUACCCACAAGCUGCAAGCAGAGGCAGCUAAUGAAUGACUUCUGAGCCUAAAAGAAAGAAUUUGCAUGCAGCUCAUUAACCUCUGGGUUUUUAAGAGACUUAGGGCCCAAAACUGUCAACCUUAGGAAAGACAGUUGGGGGAAUAGCCUUAUAUCAGUGCUUUUCAACAUGCCCUCAGGGCUCCUCGAUGCCUUCCUUGCUUGCUCUUAGCCUAAAAUGUGGUGUUGCUUUUGUGCUAAGGUACUGGGCAUCCUGGGAAGGUAUGUGAAGUCCCUUCCCAGCUAUCAGAUAAGGCCAUGUUGCAUUUUUUAAUUAAAUUUUUUAUAUUUUUUUUAUAUUAAAAUUAUAUUUUUUAUAUUUUUUUAUAUUAAAAUUUUUAUAUUUAUUUUUGGUUGCACUGGGUCUUCGUUGCUGUUCGUGGGCCUUCUCUAGUUUCAGUGCGCGGGGGCUGCUCUUUGUUGUGGCGUGCAGGCUUCUCUUGUGGACCGCAGGCUGUAGGUGUGCCGGCUUCAGUACUUGCAGUGUGCGUGCUCAGUAGUUGGGGCACACGGACUUAGUUGCUCCUCAGCAUGUGAAAUCUCGGACCAGGAACUGAGCCCACGUCCCUGUGUUGGAAGGUGGAUUCUUAAUCACUGGGCCAACCAGGGAAACCCAAAGCCAUGUUGCUUUUUGAGUAUAUGUGUUUUUAAUGAUCUUGUGUCUGUUUCCUUGCCGAAAGGGUAAACUUUUCCAUGCAGAGUGAUGAAAUAUGGUUAAGAUUCAUUUACAUCUAGAGUAUAGUUAAAUACAUACAUAAAGCUUGUCUAUAACUGAGUUAUUUAAGGUAAUCAACAGUAGUCGAAACCUCAUUCUUCCAGCUCAAGUCCUUGUUUCCUAUUUUACCAAGAAAAUAAAGCCAGUCUGAGGAGGACUUAACAGGUUUCCAUACCAUACUCCCCAACCAACCUUGAUGCGCAUGUACGGGUUUCCCACUGAGUGAACUUUGACCACUUCUGGCCAAGCCAGCUGCUCGCCCUGUGCCUCACAGGCCGCUCCCUCAGUCACUCAGAUCCUCCUUCAACAUGUCUUCUGUGUCACCAGGUUUUCCCUCUGCUGCUCCAUGAUCAGCAUGAAACUGAAAAGUGUUACUCAGUCUUGUCCAGUCCUUUGCAACCCCAUGGAUUGCAGCCCACCAGUAUCCUCUGUCCAUGGGACUUCCCAAGCAAGGAAACCGGAGUGGAUUGCCAUUCUCUUCUCCAAGGGGAUCUUCCUGACCCAGAGAUCGAACCCGGGUGUCCUGCCUUGCAGGCAGAUUCUUUACUGUCUGAGCCAUUGUCCAGAUAUGACCAGUAUUUAGAAAGGAUAUUGUUUCUCCUACAGUUAAAAAAAAUUCAACUCCCACUCUACCUCCCAUUGUUGUCACAGUUCUACCUUCCCUUUACAUUGAGACUACACAGAAAGGAUUCAGUGUUCACUGUUUUCUGUCCUCCCCAUUAUUUUAAACAACUAUAAAGAGUUGGACCAUAUAGAAGUCUGAGCACUGAGGAAUGGAUGCUUUGGACUGUUGUGCUGGAGAAGACUCUUGAGAAUCUCUUGGACAGCAAGGAGAUCAAACCAGCCAAUCCUAAAGGAAACCAACCCUGAAUAUUCAUUGGAAGUUUUGAUGUGGAAGCUUCAACUCUUUGGCCACCUGAUGCAAAGAGCCAACUCAUUGGAAAAGACCCUGAUGCUGGGAACAACUGAGGGCAGGAAGAGAAGGGGGCAACAGAGGAUGAGGUGGUGGAAUGGCAUCACCGACUCAAUAGACUUGAGUCUGAGCAAGCUCCAGUAGAUAGUGAAGGACAGGGAAACCUGUCAUGCUGCAGUUCAUGGAGUUGCAAAGAGUCGAACGUGACCUAGCAACUGAACAACAAAUUGAGGUAUAUGUAUGAUAAAAUGUACAAGCUCCAAGUGUAUGGAAAAUGAGUUUUAAUAAAUGUCUGCCUAUAAUCAGCACCCCUAUUAAUAGUUUAAAAAUUUCCUAAGUACCAAAAAGUUGUGCCACUUUGCAGUCAACACUUAUCCUCACUCCCCUCCCUAGGCAAACACUAAUCUGAUUUCUAUCAAUAUAAAUUUGUUUUGCCUGGUUUAGUACUUCCUAUAAAUAGAAUCAUGUAGUAUGUACUUUAAUUUCCAGCAUAGUCUUUUUUGUUUCAUCUACGUUGAUGUGUGUCCAUAGUAUGUUUUUUUAGUACUGGAUAUUCCACCUUAUAAAUGGAAUUCUGCUCUUUUGCUUAUCCAUUCAUCUGUUGGCGAACACUUGGAUUGUUUCCAGGUUGUAGGUGUUGUGAAUAAAGCUACUGUGAACAUUUGUGUGCCACUCUUUGCUUGAGCCCACCUUCACCAGGACUUUUGCCUCCACAGCUCCCUUGAAACUACUCUUAUCAAAGUCACCAGUGAACUGCAUGUUGCCAAUUUCAUCCAGUUAGCUUGUGAUCAGUUUUCAGCCCUGGUUUUACUUGCCCCAGCAGUAGUACUCAAUGCAGAUGGUCACCCUUCAGGAAACAUUUAGCUUGGCUCCCCCACGCUCCUCCUUCCUUCUUGGCCACUCUUCAGUUUCCUUCGUUGGCUUUUUCUCUCCUUUUCACCUUUUACGUUGGCAUCUUAGUCUUGGAAUUGUUUUUCUUUCCAUCUUCCCUCCCUCGGUGAUUUCAUCCAGACUUAUGGUUGUAAAUACCAAGACACUGAUGAUUCCUAAAACUAUCACCAUGGCAGUCUAUAUCCAACUUCUCACAUAACAUGUCUAUAUAGAUGCCUCCUGGGCAUCUCCAAAUUAACAUUCAAAACUGAAUUUCUGAUCUUCUCCAAACCCUGGUAUUUUCCUCCAUCUCACUAGGACAGAAAACAGACACAUCCUUGACCCCUUUCUUUCACUCCACAUCCAAUUUAGGCAGCAAGUCUUUUUUUUUUUUUUUUCUUUUCAAUUACUUUUAUUAGUUGGAGGCUAAUUACUUCACAACAUUGCAGUGGGUUUUGUCAUACAUUGACAUGAAUCAGCCAUGGAGUUACAUGUAUUCCCCAUCCCGAUCCCCCCUCCCACCUCCCUCUCCACCCGAUUCCUCUGGGUCUUCCCGGUGCAUCAGGCCCGAGCACUUGUCUCAUGCAUCCCACCUGGACUGGUGAUCUGUUUCACUAUAGAUAAUAUACAUGCUGUUCUCUCGAAACAGCCCACCCUCGCCUUCUCCCACAGAGUUCAAAAGUCUGUUCUGUACUUCUGUGUCUCUUUUUCUGUUUUGCAUAUAGGGUUAUCAUUACCAUCUUUCUAAAUUCCAUAUAUAUGUGUUAGUAUGCUGUAAUGAUCUUUAUCUUUCUGGCUUACUUCAUUCUGUAUAAUGGGCUCCAGUUUCAUCCAUCUCAUUAGAACUGAUUCAAAUGAAUUCUUUUUAACGGCUGAGUAAUAUUCCAUGGUGUAUAUGUACCACAGCUUCCUUAUCCAUUUGUCUGUUGAUGGGCAUCUAGGUUGCUUCCAUGUCCUGGCUAUUAUAAACAGUUAGGCAACAGGUCUUACAGAACCUGCCUUCAAAAUAUGUCCAGAACCAAAUAGGCCUCACUACACCACGCUGGUCCAAGCUGCCAUCAUGUUUCACCUCGAUCACUGGUUCUCAAACUUUGCAGUAGUACUAAGGUAUUGUUUGCCUUUUUCACUGUAUUCAUAUUUACACCAAUGGUACAAAAGCAACCAGGGAUAAAAUUGCUGGCUCUAGCACAGAUCAAGGCACCAAACUAUAUGAAUAAUCAUUGUAUUCUUCACUGCCAUAUACUCUAUUUAAAAUGUCCUCAAUGAAAAAAAAACACAAAUUAUAUUAAAUCUUGCCCCUUGAGUACUCAUCUUGUUAAUAUUCUGUAUGAUAUGCUAAUAAAGCACUUUUAUUGCAUAUGACAGUAACAGUAUCUGUCUCCGGGGAAGCAUUUGUGUGACUGAGUUGGGAGCUGAUCUGGCCACUUUUUUAAUGAAACAUUUUUACUUGGAAAGAAAACUAUGACAGACAUUGUCCUGGAAAGAAAAAAAAUGACAUCACUUCAAGUGAAGACAACUGAUAGAAUUUGUUUCUAGUUUCCAGUUUUUAAGCUAAAGUUAGAAUUUUGGAAAGUAUGUAUCCAUCACCAAGGGCUUGACAACUUCCCAGUUCUUUCAGACUGAGGUAAAUGAGAGAAGGGAGGUCAACCUUCCUCUACCACUUGAAGUUCUCAACUGAGACCUCUGUAACAAAAGACAGAUUAACAAGAGAAAAGCACAUGGAUAUAUUUAAUAGAAGUUUUUAUGUGACACACAAGCCUUCACAAGGAAGUGAAUGAAGACCUGAAGAAAAAAAUCCAAGUGGUUUUAUGUUAGGCUGGAUGAAGAGUGGAAGGUCUUGAGAAGACAUCACAGGACAAAGAUGAGCUGAGCUUAGGAGACGGGGACACUCCUGACUGAUCGGGUUCCUCCUGGUAUCCCAGUGUCUUCGGAGGUAAGAAUGUGCAUUUCCUCUGGGCACUGGGAGCGCACCUCUCACAUGAGGGUGUUAUGACCUGCUUCAGGGGAAGCCUAGGAAGUCCUUCCUGAAGAUGGAAGAAAUCACCAGAACAAAUCUACGUUUAUUCUAACGGCCUUUGUUGGACACUGUAGGUUUCAGUACACCUGUUAACUGAGAAGCAACAAGUCAAGCAGACAAGCAAAUAGAAAAAAAAGACUCUUACCCUCACGUGCCAUCUCUCAGAUUUCUUCAGCUUGAAAUACUCAUUAUGCCAAGGUGUCAUAUUUGGAGGUCACAUAGGGUGAACCAGUAACUGGUGUAAUAACUGAUUUUUGAUGCUAUAUAAUAAAACAUGUCAAUCUUGGAAGAUCUGCAUGAUUCAAUGAGCUAAAAGUAUACCCUCCACCAGCACCAAAUUGCAUAAUGUUAACAAAUAUUCUUUCAAAGGAUAAACUAUUGGUCCUGUUUGGCUUUAGUAUUGAAGAUUAUAUUAGGCUAUAGGGAAGAUCCCCUGGAGGAGGAAAUGACACUCCACUCCAGUAUCCUUGCCUGGAGAAUCCCAUUGGACAGAGGAGCCUUGUGGGCUACAGCCCAUGGGGUCACAAAGAGUUGGACACAACUGAGUGUCUAGGCACAUAGCACAUAUUUUCUUCAUGUACUUCAACCAAAACAGUGUAUCAUAGCAGACCGAAUGCAGAAGACACAAUGAUAAUCCAGCUGUGUGCUAUUCUAAACCUGAUAAUGGAGAUUUGUAAACAUGUUAUAUAGUACCACUCUUGUCAUUACUAUUUUGAAAAAGUUAUUUUCAUUAAAAAAUGUUAUUCCUGUCAA